UGCAGAGAGAAGAUCGUGUCUUCCGCAACCCACUGACGUUCCCGGUCUACCUUCUAUGACAGUAAAGGCUGCAAAUGAUAUUGUCUCGCUUCAAGAAGGUCUCCCUACGAGGGCUGACCGCAAGCGAAAAGAGAGUGUGAGUACUACGUGUACAGUGCCUCGGGACGAUUGAGCAUCGCUCGUUAUGCAAGCGAUCAUGGAGUUGCACGAGCAGCCAGACACUUCAGUAGUGUACUGAGCCAUCCAGUGAACGAAAGUACGGUUCGUUUGAUGCAGAAAAAAUACCUCCUGAAGAUUAAGCAACAAUCAGGUGAAGUUCCACUUGUCUCUCUUCCAAGACAGAAACGUGGACGUCCAUUGUUGAUUGGUGAUACAUUGGAUCACAUGAUACAGAAUUACAUUUUGAAACUUUGAGAAGCAGGCGGUGUGGUCAGUGUACCCAUAGUGAUAGCAGCUGCUCGUGGGAUCAUCGCCCACGAAAGAAAGGACAUGCUGAGUGAGUUUGGAGGUUCUUUUCUUCCAACGAAGAACUGGGAUUGUUGUAUGCUAGACAGGAUGGGUUUUACCAAACGGAAGGGAACCGAGGCUGCCAAAAAGAAAUCUGGUGACCUUUCUGAGAUAAAACAAAAUUUGUUUUUAAGUUUCUAGAUGUAGUGAAUAAGCAUCAAAUCCCAGCAGAUAUGGUUGUUAACUGGGACCAAACUGGAGUCCGCAUGGUCCCUUCUGGUAACUGGACUAUGGAAAAGAAAGGGUCCUGUCAGGUUGCUAUUGUAGGUUUGGAUGAUAAACAAGAAAUUACGGUAUUGCUUGCAGUCGACAUGUUAGGUGAAACCCUACCCAGUCAAGUGAUUUACCAAGGUACCACUGAUCGUUGUCAUGCCAGAUAUGACUUUCCUGAUUCUUGGAACAUAACUCAUACUGCUUCCCAUUGGUCAACAGAGAGCACCAUUUUAGAAUACCUAGAGAAAGUGGUCGACCCAUACUUUGUCCUGAAAAGACAGGAAUUAGGACUGCCCGAGAAGCACCAUGGCUUGUUGAUUGUUGAUGUUUUUAAAGUCUAUUGGACAGACGCUGUACGAAAAUUCCUAGAUGCAAGGUACAUUUCUGUGUUGUAUGUGCCAGCGUGCUACACAGACAACUUGCAGCCGUUGGAUUUGACUGUCAAUAAGUCAUUUAAAGAAGACUUACGGCAGUCAUUUCAAAACUGGUAUGGCGAUCAGGUCAGACAACAGCUAGACAGGGGUACUUCUAUGUGCGACAUUACUGUAGACCUCAGAUUGUCAUCUAUUAAGAAUUUGCAUGCUGGCUGGAUUGUACACGCUUAUAAGGCAAUAUCUGAGUGUCCUAGGCUCAUCAGAAGUGGGUUUUCUCAGGCUGGUCUAUGCAUGCCCUUGCCCCUUCCUUGUAUUGCUUCAGCAAAACACUCAGUGUCUGUUACUACUCCUUCGCAGUCCAAGAAAGUAAAGUCCUAUGACCAGUGUACAGAUGACCUUUGCAAUGAUGCCUCUGUUGCAUUGAUUGUAGAAUACUUCAAGUCAGUUAUUUCUUAUGUAUUGCCAUCACAAUUCUGCCAGUCAAGGUUGAAUGGGCGAAAUGGCAGCAAUGCUUGCACGGUUAUAUCUAUUUGUGUAGCUACCCAGAUUAUGCUAGAUUGUGUGCAAGUACCCGAUAGUGUUACUGUAGAACCAUCACAACAGACGAUCAGAGCUUUCGUUGCAUGUAUUGAAGACGGCAACAAGCAUUAUGAUAGUGCUGGGUGCAGAGGCUUUUUGUUCUUUUACGGUGCGAUAGAGAGUGUCUGUUCGGAUAUGAACGUGACAAUUGCCAGAGGAGGAGAUUUUGGUGAGUGGGAUUACAACCAGUUCAAACAAGAUCUGCUGACUAUCAGAGACAGAGCUGUUGGAGCAGGAACAGUCCAUACCGGUGUACUUGUAAUGCCAAGUCACUUUUCAGUCGUAAUUGCAUUCGAUCCUCACAAGUUGUGUCUUGCUGUGUUUGACAGCCACUCUCAUCAUGGCAGUGGUAUGAAGCUUGGUGCCUCCAUAGCUGUAGCUUCAUUAGAUGACGUUGGUAUUCUGCACAUGGCAGAGUUUCUUGAUUUUGCUCUCAAUGGAAAUGGCUUAGCAAAUGGAACUAUGAAGGGUGCAGACAUUAUCUUGAUUAAGUAGUUUGAGUAGAGUACUAACAGCAGUGCAGUUUGAUUCAAUUGUGUUGUGUUACUAGUAUAGUAGUACUUCUACAGUAUAUAGUACUAUCAGUAUAAAGUUUGAUACUAGUGAACAGUAUCCCUUAUACAGGACUUUGCACGGGGAUGUCACGUGAG